GGCGCUUUUGGCGAUAAGCAAAGUUCAAAUCGCUGGAUUUAGAGUUAUUCCAAUUGAGUCGAAGGACAGUGGAAGACGUCUAACUCUGAUUGGUUCUUCAAGUUCAUAUCUAUAGUAUUAAGCUUCACUUAACAAAUAUACUUUGUUGAAUUCAUCAUAGUUGAAAAAAAUGUUGUUCUCAGGGAAGUCAUUCCAGAAUUUCUGCCACUUGAACGUGAAUAUGAAACUCGUCACACUGACUGUCAUAUUGAUGUCCAUAACGUUUCACCACACACAUGCCCAGUCAUGUGGUUCAUGGAAGCAAGCACAGAGCAGAGCGCAUUGUAUUGGUGGUAGUAUUGGUCUAACGAAGAGGAUUGUAGAGAGUUUUCAGAAUAGCAGGAAGGCGAGUGGUGACUUAGAAGACAGUAGACAAAUCGAGACACGACAAGAUUAUGAAAACAGUAAUGAAAUGACCCCACAAAAGCUGAAUAUUAUCAAAACUGAAACGGGAAUAGUUGAAGCAGAAACGGAGUGUUCAUUAGUAGCCGAAUAG